AAUCACCGGCUUGAUUACAAGGCAUGCAAUCUCUGUCACAUAGGAGCUAGCAUAGUGACUACAUUGAGGGACAGAGAACACAAGUUUAUAAUUAGACCGAUCAUUGCCAUAUAUUAUUUUAUGUUAUUUUGUAAACCGUAAACGAGCCACGGUGUCUCAAAUUAUUCAUCUACCACAUCAGAGUGUUCAGGAUGGAGUGGCAGCCAGAUGAACAGGGUCUGCAGCAGGUGCUCCAGCUACUCAAGGACUCCCAGUCUCCGGACACAGCAACUCAAAGAGCUGUGCAAGAAAAACUGGAACAACUCAACCAGUUUCCAGACUUUAAUAACUAUCUCAUAUUUGUCCUCACAAGUCUGAAAUCUGAAGAUGAGCCAACCCGUUCACUCAGUGGUCUAAUAUUGAAGAAUAAUGUAAAGGCUCACUACCAGAACUUUCCCUCAAACGUGGCAGAUUUCAUCAAGCGUGAAUGCCUCAAUAACAUUGGAGACCCCUCACCACUCAUCAGAGCUACUAUUGGAAUCCUGAUAACAACCAUAGCAUCUAAAGGAGAACUUCGGACUUGGCCCGAACUGUUGCCCCAGCUCUGUAAUCUUCUGAACUCAGAAGACUAUAACACCUGUGAGGGUUCAUUUGGAGCCUUACAGAAGAUCUGUGAAGAUUCUUCUGAGCUGUUGGAUAGUGAUGCCCUGAAUCGACCUCUCAACAUUAUGAUUCCCAAGUUUCUCCAGUUUUUUAAACAUUGCAGUCCCAAGAUAAGGUCCCAUGCCAUAGCAUGUGUAAACCAGUUCAUCAUUGGCCGUGCUCAAGCACUCAUGGAUAAUAUUGACACCUUUAUUGAGAGCCUGUUUGCUCUGGCUGGAGAUGAGGACUGUGAAGUGAGGAAGAAUGUGUGCAGAGCAUUGGUGAUGCUACUAGAGGUCCGCAUUGACCGACUCAUCCCUCACAUGCACAGCAUUAUCCAGUACAUGCUACAGAGGACUCAAGACCCAGAUGAAAAUGUAGCUUUAGAGGCUUGUGAGUUCUGGCUGACUCUGGCUGAACAGCCCAUCUGCAAAGAGGCCCUGAGUGGGCACUUGGUCCAGCUUAUUCCUAUUUUAGUGAAUGGCAUGAAGUAUUCUGAAAUUGACAUCAUUCUUUUGAAGGGAGAUGUCGAAGAGGACGAAACUGUCCCAGAUAGUGAACAGGACAUCAAGCCACGCUUCCAUAAGUCUAGGACUGUUACUCUGCAGCAUGAAGGUGGUGAAGGUGAGGAGGGGGAAGACUUUGACGAUGAUGAAGAUGAUGACGAUGAUACGCUGUCUGACUGGAAUCUUCGGAAGUGUUCAGCCGCUGCUCUGGAUGUUCUUGCUAAUGUGUUUCGUGAGGAGUUGUUGCCCCAUCUCUUGCCCCUCCUGAAAGGCCUUCUUUUCCACCCCGACUGGGUUAUCAAAGAGUCUGGCAUCCUUGUCCUCGGAGCUAUUGCUGAAGGUUGUAUGCAGGGGAUGGUUCCCUAUUUGCCAGAGCUCAUUCCACACCUUAUUCAGUGUUUGUGUGACAAGAAGGCUCUAGUGCGCUCCAUAGCCUGCUGGACCCUCAGUCGUUACGCUCAUUGGGUGGUCAGUCAGCCCCCCGAUGCCCAUCUAAAACCACUGAUGACUGAACUGCUCAAACGCAUUCUGGAUGGCAAUAAGCGAGUUCAAGAGGCAGCCUGCAGUGCAUUUGCCACUCUGGAAGAGGAGGCAUGUACAGAGCUGGUGCCUUACCUGAGCUUCAUCCUGGACACUUUGGUUUUUGCUUUUGGAAAAUAUCAGCACAAAAACCUGCUCAUACUUUAUGACGCCAUUGGUACACUGGCGGACUCUGUUGGGCACCAUCUUAACCAGCCUGAGUACAUUCAGAAGCUGAUGCCGCCGCUGAUUGCCAAAUGGAAUGAGUUGAAGGAUGAGGAUAAGGAUCUGUUCCCGCUGCUUGAGUGUCUGUCCUCUGUUGCCACGGCACUGCAGAGUGGUUUCCUGCCGUACUGUGAGCCCGUCUACCAGCGCUGUGUUACACUGGUCCAGAAAACACUAGCACAGGCCAUGAUGUACAGUCAACAGCCAGAUCAGUAUGAGGCACCAGACAAGGACUUUAUGAUCGUAGCACUGGAUCUUCUGAGUGGUUUGGCCGAGGGUCUGGGAGGACACGUGGACACGCUUGUAGCUCGCAGCAACAUCAUGACUCUACUAUUCCAGUGCAUGCAGGAUACAAUGCCGGAAGUAAGACAGAGUUCAUUUGCACUCCUGGGAGAUUUAACAAAGGCUUGUUUUCCACAUGUGAAACCUUGCAUUGCUGAAUUUAUGCCAAUUCUUGGUAAAAAUUUAAACCCCGAAUUUAUCUCGGUGUGCAAUAACGCUACAUGGGCCAUUGGGGAGAUCUGUAUGCAGAUGGGAGUGGAGAUGCAGCCCUAUAUUCCUAUGGUGCUCAAUCAACUGGUUGAGAUUAUCAACCGUCCCAACACCCCCAAGACCCUGCUGGAAAACACUGCAAUCACGAUUGGUCGACUGGGCUAUGUGUGUCCUCAGGAGGUUGCCCCCAUGCUGCCUCAGUUCAUCCGCCCUUGGUGUACUUCUCUACGAAACAUUAGAGAUAAUGAAGAGAAAGACUCUGCUUUCCGUGGGAUAUGCAUGAUGAUUGGUGUGAACCCUGGAGGUGUAGUGCAGGACUUCAUCUUCUUCUGUGACGCUGUUGCCUCUUGGGUGAACCCUAAAGAUGAUCUGAGAGACAUGUUUUAUAAGAUCUUGCACGGUUUCAAGGAACAAGUUGGGGAGGAGAAUUGGCAGCAGUUCUCCGAGCAGUUUCCCCCUCUUCUGAAAGAAAGACUGGCAGCAUGCUAUGGUGUUUAGAGCUUCUACACCCACCUGAGGAGGUGCGUCAGCAGGAGGAGGGUGACUGGGAAACUCAUCCAUCUGUGUAUUGCACUUCCCUGAUCUGGGGGGAGGGAGAGGGAUGUUAACGGCCCCUGAAGAAUGGCCCCCACACCCUAUGUGUUUGUCCAUAGAGAGAGGGAGGGUGGGCGGGAGGGAGGGAGGGACAGGGGGGAUACCUCUAGAUUAACUAGGCAGGGACCCGACACAGAAAAACAGUAGGGACAGAUAGAGGGAUGCAGAGAGGGAGAGAGAAGAAACCAGAGGAAAGCUGGAUCUAGGAAGGAGGCAGCAGGAGAGACCAGAGAAAGUUCAGGGAUAGACAGAGAGGGAAAAUGUUUACAAAGCAGGGAUUAAGAGCCUUAGAGAGUUCUGUUACUUAGCUGGGACAACAGGGACAGUUGAGAUUUUUAUGGGAUUCUUAAACUUGAGAGUAGCUUGACCGACAAACCUAACAGACUCCAACACUUGCACAAGCUGUACAUGCAGUACCUAGAACUGACUGUGGGUGGCACUAUAAUUUAGACUUUUUGUGACCAACUACAUGUAGUUAGGGGCGGAUAAGCAGGUGUCUAAACUGUCCAUUUUUGGGUGAAAAUAUCUUUAUUUUCUGGGAAUAUCAAUAGAAAUCACUUCAUCCACAUUAUAUAGCUGUAAGAUAAUCUUUAUCUAUGUUUUCUUCAUUUUGACCCCAGAGCGUCAGUGACACAGUUUUUCUAAUUUACAUUCUCCUAUCCCAUUUUUAUCUGACCUAUUGAGAGUUUAAGAAAGUAUGUUUGCUUUUGGCUAUACACAGAAAUCAUUCCUCUAGAAAAGGGAGGAUUAGGGCUAACACAUUUGUUUUUCUCACCAUUCGGGAACAUUCAAAGCUAAAUCCAUAUCUUUUGUUAUAGUAGUUCGUAAGAUUUUGUGUGUAUGUGUCUGUGUGCAUGUGCAGUCUGUAAAACCCCCUAUUUUGGCAUUUUGUGUAUAAAACGUGGAAAUGCAUAGUUUGAUAUGGUACUGAGCUUAAACUUACUUCCAUUGGUCUUGUCUAUUGCACUUGUUAACUGUGACUGAGUGAGUGAGUGUAUGUCCACAUCCGUACUGAUACCCAUUUGAUGCCAUAUUGAUAUCUUAAGUAAAACAGUGAUCCUCAAUGUCGUUGUGAUCUUUAUAACAUUUUAAACUGGUCCAUAUUCUGUUGGUUUUUUUUUCUUAUUUUGCUGCUACUGAUUUGUUUUCAAUAGUGGACAUAAACCUGCACAAGUAACGCAAACUUUUUUUUAUUUUAUUAAUGCUACUUUCAGUGACUGUUAAGUUGUUUUUUUUUUUUGCACUUUUUUAUUUUAACUUUUUUGUAUGGACAUUUUUUAACCUCACCCAUAUAUGUCUUGACCCUAAUGUCAGUGUUUGUCAUACUGUGUUGCACUGUGAAAUUUAAGUGUCUUUGACUGGCAAAAAUAUCCCAAUACUAAUGGCAAAUAAAAUCAACUUGUGAAACUGCGA